CGAACCCAAACAAAGCCAUGGACAACUUUUUCAGGCAUCAGGGGAAAAGUCACAAAGUUUUCAAAACAAGGUCGCUCAAGUAACACAUGGCUGUUAUUAUUUUAGUCAAACCUUCGAAGGACGCCUAUCUGCAAUCAGAAGCUAGGAUGACAUGUUCAGCACUACCUUAAAAGAGACAAAGCAGGGAGUGUUUGUUCGGGUGUCAGCUUUCUUGUCUUGGCUCUUUAAACCAUGUGCGCCUGGCUGCUUGCCCUCUGUGGAGCUGCAUACAAAUAUUGACAGAACACAGUGGUAUUUGUUAAGCUGGAUCUUGAGAAGUGAAUGAUUAGAACUCUGAAGGAAGAUCUGAGAACUUUAGACCUUCUCUCCUCUCCUUCCUCCCUGCCAUCUUCCAGCCUUCAAAGAAUGAAAGUGAAAAUGCUGAGUUUGGCCAAGGGACAGCACUGACCUUCUUUUCUUCUGCUUUGCUUUGCAGUGAGAACAACAGAAGUGUGGCAAUUCUGAUCACCUACUUCAGUCAUGGACAAGAAACAGAAAUUAGUGAAAAGGGACUUUGGGAAGAGAUUCUCUUUGGACAGUAGUCUCAUGGAAUAUAUGGAUUCUAAUAAAUAUAUUGACCAUUUGUUAACUCAGUUGGAAGAGCAACGUUGGAAUGUAUGGAGGGAGAAGCUGUCUGUGGCUCGGUUGCAGCAGGAAGUUGCACAAAGUAAGACUGAUGAAACAAUGCAUGAGAAGCUGAUACAUGAGUUGGAGGAAGAGCGACGUUUGAGAGUUGAAAGUGAAAAAAAAUUACGAGAAGUGACACUGGAAUCUGAGCACAACCGGGUUCAAAUGCGUGGAUUGCAACAGCAGUUUUCAAGAAUGGAAGAGACCGUGAGGAAUCUACUGCAAAGCCAAGGAUCCUCAGAGCCAAAUGGAGAAGAAUCUGUUGCCAUAAUAAAGACAUAUCAGGAAACAUUAACACAAGAAGGCAAGAGAUGCAAAAUAGAUGUGGAAGACAUUUGCAUGUCCAUAGAUAAAGAUUCAAAGAAUGAAAACAGCAGCACUGAAGAAGAAAAAAAGAAGAUGAAAUUACUGUUGGAACGACUGAAGGCUUUGGAGGCAGAGAAUUCUGCACUGGCCAUGGAAAAUGAAAAUCAGAGAGAACAGUAUGAAAGAUGCCUUGAUGAGGUGGCCAACCAGGUUGUACAAGCACUGCUUACUCAGAAGGAUUUGAGGGAGGAAUGCUUGAAGCUGAAAACAAGAGUUUUUGACCUGGAACAACAGAACCGAACAUUAAGUGUGCUGUUUCAACAGAGAGUGAAACCAACAUCUGGCCUACUGCUUCAGAAACUUCAUUCCCGCAUCUUAGAUCUGUUGUCUGGGGAUUUCCUUUCAGAGGUAGAGAAGAACAGAAGUUUGAUACAAUCGCAAAGUGCUGAUGUUCAGGUUCAUGAAUGUCAACAGAAUAUGAAAUCUGGAGUACCUGCCUUGAAAUGCACGAGCCAAUUAUAUGUGACUGGGUCUCACCGAAUUUAUCCUCGAAGUAGCUGCAGUAGCAGUGAACUUUCUCUGUCAAGUGCCUGCAGUGAAUAUUCCAGUGGCUCCUCCUAUACUUGGAAUGAUGGGAAGGCAUGCAGUAAAAGGUCAUCAGUAAACUGGGACAAAAGAAUAAGCAUUGGUUCUUCACUUUCCAGCCCUGCUGAUGAUCUACCUCCAACUCGAAUCAAGGAAAACCACAUUUUGGAAGGACUAAAGAAACUACAAAAACAAAAAAUAUUACUUGAACCACCUUCUGUUAUGUCCAAAUGGGGUUACAAAGAUUGCAUGGAUUCUAAUGAAGGAAUCUACUCCCCUGGAAUUAAGUGCAGCAAUCAUAAAGAGCAGGCAUAUUGCAUGCCAGAGGAAAUAGGAGCCAUUUGCAUUGAGCACCAAAAAACCUUCAUUUAUGAUUCUGAUUCGCACGAGGAUGCAGAUGAUGAGUCUUCUUCUUUAGCACUGCUGUAUGAAAUACCAAGCAAAGACUGUAGACACUACUGUAAUAAAUUAACUCACAGUGUUUCUGACAGCCUAUUUGGUUGGGAACCUGAUAGAAGGCAUUUACCAGAAAGAGGCUCUUAUUUUAAUUCACAGGAAAGGCCUGAAAAACUGACUAGUAUUGUCAAUGAAUUUCAGUCAGAGGUAAAAUCAUCCACAAAUGUGAAGCACCCAGUUCUACAGCUAAAUAAAAGUCUUACUAAUGAAAGCUGGCGAGACCUUAAUUUACACCUUUCAGAUACUGAUGACAAUGAAAUCCUGGACGAAUUGCAUAUAGAAAGCAGUGAUGAGAAGAGCCCAUCUGAUAUGUCAUUAAUGCCCUUUGUUGACAAGCAUGAAGAGAACUCUGACAUGCACAUAAAGAAGGAAAAUUGCCUAUGUGGAUGUUCUGAAAAAGAAUCAAAUCAGGUACCUGUUCACUCACACUUUAGGCCAGCAGAAUGCAAUUUUGUUAAACAACAAAAAGUUAUAAAGAAGACUUCUUCAGAGGAAUGCAUUACUGUAAUAUUUGAUGCAGAAGAUGGCAAACCUAUUGAAUUCAGUUCACAUCAAACUGGAAUUGUAACGGUAACUAGAGAUGAAAUUUCAACCAGCCACCUAUAUAGCAGGCCCAAUGCAGAAUGCACUGAAUAUUUACCUCAGGGAAAAAUUAAGUUGCAGGAAGCAACGAAUGCUAAAAGCUAUGGUAUUCUGCAAACGCUUAAUAAUGAAACUGAGAAAAAGACUGUCUGGGCUAAUCUAGAGUGUGAACAUGAAACUGUCCCUGCAACAUACAGCACUGCAUAUCCUGUACACUUGGAAAAACCCAUGUUUCAGAAUACUCCACAGAAAAAGGUAAUGAAGUCAGUUUGCAGUAAUACUUCCAAAGCCAGCUCUCCAUCUUGCAUCCAGGCAUGUAGUAAUCAAAAACAAAAACUGACUAAAAUUCCCAGUAGAGGUAAGUUUUCACCACAGAAACCAAAAAUUACUUUGAAUGGAGAUCCCACUAGCAGCUCUUCCCAUCCUCCUAUUGUGGUAGAAAAAUCUCUGUUGUCACCUGUAAAAUGCCCAAGAUUCACAAAAGUGCAGAGUCCAACUCGGAAUCCUGAUUCAGUAGUUGACUUGAAUAUCUCAAAGGUAUUAGCCCACCCAUCACAAAAUUCUAAAAUUGCAGGCAGAACAGAUUGGCCCAGGAAUCAACCUCCAGAAUCAUCUUCAGUGCCUCAGCAUCUUCUAGAAUCUAUUGACUGUGGAGAGCCUCCAACUAGAGAUGCCCAUUGUGAUUUACUUCCAUCUGAAGCCAGUUCUCCAUCACCCCCUCCUCCACCAGACAGGUCAGCUUCAUUGUUGAUUAGACCAAACUAUGAACUUUCUCCACCUGCACUGUAUAAACCAGGGGCAAACCUUCCCACUGAGCCCAUAAAAAAUGCAGCUCAGUCAUCACCACUUAAAGAAACAUCAACAUCCCCUUUUCAUAACACCACUUCACAUGAAAUGCAAACCAGCAAGCUCCCUGAAGCACCUAAUGUUGAACUGAAUCACUUUCAUGAGAAGGAGGAGAUUUUUACACAAAGUAAAUUCAUAUCAGAGCCAAACCCUGGCAUAUGUCAAGGCACUCCCAAAGUUUUCACAAAGAAAAUUUCUCCAAAAAUCUCAAACCAGUCAGUAUCCUGUAUUAAUAAAAAACUUUGUAAAUCUAAAGUUGUCCUCCCAGCAUGCAUGUCAGGAGAUAAAAAUCCAAUUCAAAGUGAGCCACCAUCAAAGGACACUGGAGUGCCUCGGAAACAAAUGUUUCCAAAUAGUUCCCCCUCAUCACCAGAUUGUCACACAGCAACCACUGGGGAGCCUUUUCUGCCUCACAUUAGUCACUCUCCAUUAUCAUUGUUGACUCAGGGCAGUGAUGCUGGAAACAUGUUAGACAAAGGUCUGAAACCCCGCCUGCCUGGAGGACUUAAAUUGCUCAUAAAGUCUCCCCAGGUCCUCAGAAAGAGCUCCACCAUACCAGGGAAGCAGGAGAAAGAAAGUAUGAAUGCUGCCUCCAAAUGCUGUGUAAAUUCAGGUAAACAGAGGCAGGCUGAAUCUUUGUUUCAAACUACCUUAGAUGUAGCAGACAAUGAAUUAAGAAGUGCUGAGAAAGAAAUAAAAGAAAGUUUCCCUAAGGAAUUUGGUAUGGAGCCAGCUUCCUCGGUUUCAUCUGAAACUUGCAGCUUUAUGGAACAAGAUGGAUUAGAGAACAAAUUAGUCAAGAGGUCUGUUUCUUCCAGCAGUAAGACAUACUUGAAGCCAGCUCUUGGCAUGAAUGGAGCAAAGGCCCGUAGUCAUAGUUUCAGUAUUCACACAGGAGAAAAAUCAUCUAUACCUUCCACAGAAGGGUUAGGAAAAGUUCGGACACAGAUUAUAACAAAUACAUCUGACAGAGGGAACUCUUUAACCAGGCAGAACUCAAAUAUGGAAGGAAUACAACUUAAAGUCAUCCCUGGGACAGCACUGACAUCAGACAUGAUUCCAAGUACAGUAAAAGCUGUAGAAAUUCCAUAUUCUAGACAGGGCUCCGGUGGGAGCACAAGUGGUUCUAGUCAGGUUGGUAGCCCAAGCAAACUGCCAUUUCAUAUGUCUCCAAAGAGAGAUUCAUUCUACAGCACUUCAAAAAAUGAGGGCAAGAAAUCAUCAUCCCAGAGAGAUGUCCACGAUGAAAAAAGCAGUGAAAUUUCUAGACAUCAACCAGUAAGCAAAAAAAGUGUUAGCCAAGCAGAAAUGGCAUUGGAGUCAUCAACUAGUAUUUCAUCAGAACAAAUUCUGCCACUUCAAAAAAAUAUGGACAGCUUGCAAUGUCCUCGUAAACAUGAAGGAAGCAAGGCAGUGUUGCAAGAAGGCUGCUUAAAGGCAUCUGAAGUCCGAGACAGAAUUUCAGCUUCAUCUGUUUUACAGCCUACAAUAGAAGAAAAAGUCAUGUUAUGCAUCCAGGAAAAUAUGCAGAAAGGACAAGGGCAAAGCAAACUUCUACCCACUGAGACUAAACAAAGGACUGGGGGGCCUUCUAUUGCUAGUUGGUUUGGUUUCCGUAAGAGUAAACUCCCAGCUUUGAGUGGUAGAAAAAAUGAUAUUUCUAAAGUAAAAAUAGAAAGGAAAGAAGCAAAAGGUUCAGCUUUUGGAAAUAAGCAAACCAAAUCAGAAAAAAGAAAAGACAAAAAGAAAAGUGAACAACACUGUGAAACAGAAAAUGAACUAAAUAAGAGAACUCUGAACUGUAGUAUUUUAGAUAAUGUUCCAAAAGGAAAAAAGAUGGCAAAAGCCACACAAAGUAACUUCAGCCAAAAUAGGUGUGAACAAAAGAGCAACUCUGCCACCACAUACUCAGGAAAAGACAGCUUUAUGAAAGAGCUUUUACACAGAGUUGAUAAGAAAGCAGCCCAGCAGACAGAAAGUGGAUCAAAUAAUGUUUCCUACAGGAGCGUGUCGAAGGGCAGUUCCCAGGGCUCUUCUCCUCCCAGCAACUCUAUUGGCACUCAAGGAAGCCAGAAGAAAAACAGCAAAACAAAGGCUGAUACGGAAGUACCAAAUGAGACACUGGUUAAAGUGGCAACAGAAAACUUUCCAGAGGAUGAAGAAGACGCCGUCACUGAUUCAACAUGUCAAAGCCAUUUGAUAGAAUCCUGUUGCCAAAUGAGAACACUGGACAGUGGAAUAGGAACCUUCCCUCUCCCUGACUCAGGAAACCGAUCAACUGGAAGACAUGUUUCUAAACAAGAACUGGAUUUCGAAACUCAAGUUUUCACAUCACCUGGACACACUUUUCCUCAGGUUCCUUCUGAGAAGGCCAAAACCCUUGAGCGCGAAGUGCCUUCAACAGCUAAUAAGAACCAGGGAUCUCUGGAGAGCAUAAUAUCUCAUUCAGCAUCUGAUCCUACCAUGACAGCUAAAGGAUUACGGCCUGUUCUGAGCCGCCUCCCAAAACCAGCUUUUGCAGGAAUAAUGAGCCCUGUGAAAAAAAGCAGACCAGAGGAGAAUUCUGUGACUUCCACAUCAUUAGAAAAUUCAGAAAAAGAAAGAGGUAGCAACAAGAUGUUUCCAGACUGUAGCAAAAAAGCUACUAAAGCCAAGGACAGGGCACUGAGAGUGUGCACUUACUCUGCUAGCAGUAGCAGUGACACUGAGACAGAGCUGGAAUAUGAAACAAGUGAUUUUGGAACUGGAGGGGAAAAGUUGGUGGAUUUAAUGAACAAUAAACAAGCUGAGCAAGAAGAAAAUAGUGUGAGGAAGUCUUUUAUGGGGAGGCCCAUGUCAAUCUUGGAUAUAUACCAGCACAAGCUCUGUGGCCAUUUUGGAGAGGAUGGACCUGAACAAUUAGCACAUUACAGUUUUAUUGAGCAGCUGAAUGGAACGUCUACUAAAGAUGGCAAGAGCAGAACAUUCCCUAGUAAAUUGAAGCAACCUGAGGAGAAAGAGAAAGAUUCUGGGAAGAGGUUAUCUAAAAUUUCCCUGGAGUCUCUCAACACGUUUAAUAGCAGCAGAAGCAUUUUCUUGGCAAAAGAGAAGAACAGCCUGCAUGUUGUUGAAGGGCAAAAAGAAGAAGAAAUUGAGAAGGAUGCAGAAGUUUCUCUAACCAGUUCUGAUAGGCCUGGUGCAGACCACUUGGAAUCCUUGAGUGACUCAUUAUAUGAUAGCUUCUCAUCUUGUGCAAGCCAAGGCUCAAAUGAUGCAUGAAGAGACACUCACCAGUGCAAUGGACACUAAAUGGAGCACUUAAGGAAGAAGAUAAAUUGUUGUUGUUGUUUUAAAGGAAGAGCCAUUCAAAAUUUUCCAAGCAAGUUGCUAAGACUCAUAGUAUGAUAUAUCUAGGUAUAUUCAUAUCGAGCAAUAAAGAGGGAGUAAGCUGCAUUGUAACAGCAAGACUGAAACUUAAAUAGUUACCAUAACUUGGGUUACUUAAAAAGAAUAGUCUUAAUUUUGCACUUUUAUGAAUAUUUGUACAGAAGUUGUAAAAAAUGUUCUUUGGGGAUGAGGGGAAAGAAAAUUAUAUUUGUAGUAAAACGUGACAGCAAUAAAUACUAAUUAGUGCCAUGCUCUUGAAAUGGCAGUUUACUAACUGUAAACAUUGAUGUUAAUAUUAACAAAGUUAGUGACCUUUUUGUUGUAAAAUAAAGAUUUAUAAACUUUUUAGUCUUAAAACUGUAUGUAGAAAUACUACUUUAAUGCAAAUUUGAACUUGCCAAAUUGUCUAUAAUGAAUUUCAUUGGAUCACAUUGUACAACAUACAUUUUUUAAAAAGCUAUCUCAGUGCAAUUUUGAAACCGAGAUUCUCAGUGAGCUCAUAUUUUUGUCAGAUGUUAUUUGGGCAAAACCUCAAAGACAUAUUCUUCUUCCCAUUUAUCUGUAGCUUUCCAUCAUAAUUACCUGUUCUGUUGAUUCGACUCUGUUCUGAUUUUUACCAUAACUCUAUUAAUCUGGAAAUCAUGGACUAAAAUGCAAUUUAGAUUUGCAAUUUACACUUUAAAAAUUUUAACAAGAAAAUGAUUGGUGCUAGCAAACAGAUUUGUGGAGGGCUUCCCCCCCCCCACAAGGCUGUUUAUAUGUAAGGGAAAAGUCUAUUUCAAAGGUGGGACGUAUUUUUUCUAGAUGUGAGGUAUUUAUAACAAACUUUUGUACAGCAGUCUGUAAGCAAGCUAUAUUUGGGAUACUUCUAGCAGCUUUAUUAGGUUUGUAGUGUAUGUCUGUUCAUUCUCCCCUACUCAUACAUCUCCCCAGUAUGACGUUAUACUACCAGUGUUACACUGUCAAUACUUUUGUGCAAUUUUACAUUUCAUGUUGUUUAAAAUAUACAGUCAGGGUGGGGUUUCAUUGUCUGACUUUGAUGGAACUUCUUUUGGCAUUUAUUUCUGAAUAAAAGUCAUAUCACAUCUGGA